CUUUGUCAGUUAGUCACUGAUGACAAUUUAGUUUACAACAAAUUCGCGUGCAGUGAACCCGAAUACCAAUAACACUUUGAAAAUAUUUUUAUUUCUAUUCAUAAUUUUUGUAUGAGAAUUUUUUUGAAAUACUUUAAAUUAAAUAAUUACUUAGUGUUUUCUCCGCAACCUUCGAUAAUCUUUGAAUUUUAGAGCUAGUGUCUAUAUAUUUCAUUCUUUUUUGAUGUAAACAAAGAAACUGAAAUUGUAAAAAUGUGGUCGCAUUUAGAACGAGGAAGUUCACCUGUAGAUUGGUGCGAAUCUAAUUAUUCUAUUUCUCCAGUUAUAGCAGAAUUUUUUAACACUGUGACGAAUAUAAUUUUUUUCUUAUUUCCGCCCGUAUUGAUCCACUUGUUUCAAGAAUAUUCCAAAUUCGUUAAUCCUGCAAUAAAUGUGUUGUGGGUCCUGUUAAUGGUUGUUGGGUUAAGUUCAGCUUAUUUUCACGCUACUCUCAGCUUAGUAGGCCAGCUACUGGAUGAGCUAGCAAUACUUUGGGUUUUCAUGGCUGCUUUUGCUAUGUUCUUCCCCAAGCGGUAUUUUCCAAAAUUUAUGGGUGGAAACAGGAGGUUGCUAUCGUUUUACUGUAGCUUGUUCGCGGUUGUGGCGACUGGUUUCCUGGUGAUGCAUCCCGCAGCUAAUGCCUUUGCUCUGAUGACCCUCGUGGCGCCGGCCCUGUACUUCCUCUACAAAGAACUUAACAUGGUUAAAUGCCCUCGCGUCUAUAGACUAGGGCUGCGUUGCAUGGCUGUAUGUCUAUUGGCGAUGUUCUGCUGGAUUAUAGACAGAAUGUUCUGCAACGCGUGGCUCUCCAUCGACUUCCCAUACCUGCACGGAGUCUGGCACAUACUUAUCUUCAUAGCUAGUUACACAGCCCUAGUUCUCGGAGCAUACUUCAAUGUCUCAGAAGAAAGGCCCGAACAAAGACCACAACUAAAGUAUUGGCCAAGAAACGACUUUGAAUUAGGUAUACCGUAUGUUGCAAUCAAACAUCCUCGCAAGAAUGAUAAGAAUUUAACAAUCUAGGUUAUUUAUUUUUAAUCUGUGUGAUUUUAUAUAUGCACGUAAUUAAGGUGUUGCAAUAAUAUAAAAGUAUUUAGCUUUGGAUGUGGAUCUGCUUUAUUUUUCUUUUUUAUACUGCCAGUAAGUUUAGGUAAGAAAUUUUAUUUUGCUUUAUUACCGUGUGCAAAAAGUCUGACUUAAAAUUAAACUUAUAUGAAGAGUAAACAAAUAUUUAAACAUGACCAGUUUUGUUUAAAAUCGUAUGUAUAAAAUGAGUCACAUUAAUAAUACAAAAUAGAAUUAUAUACAUUUAAAUAAUGGAUUUAAUCUAAUUAUGUCGCACAAACACGAAAAACAAUAUUAUGUAUUAUGAACAAGCAAUAAUUACUUUUAUAUUUUCUUAGACGACAUUUUAAUUAAAGUUUAAGUAAGCAUUUGUUCCAAUAAAUCUAUCAAUAUUUAUUAUUUUGUGUCUAUAAAGGAACUGUUCCUUUUUGCCUUAUAUUUUAAGUUGGCAAUACUUGUAUAUUUU